CUGUUCACGGACCUCGCGGGUGCCGCAUCUGACACCCAGUGCCAAGCACUAAACUUAUUAUCCGUCGUCACAGUUAGGCUAGAGACAACUGAACCUCAAGAGUCUGCAGCAAUGCUGCAGCAGGUUUAAGCAAUAACAAAGUAGGUCCAUAUCGAAAUUAAGCGUCCUGAUCUCAAUGCUUAAGAUAGGAGUGUAUAUGGAGCCUUGAAAUGACGUCCGACUCGAGCGAGUACCUGUCUUUAACAGGCGAGGCCAAUGAGUAUGUCUUUGAAAAUGGUCGCCGGUAUCAUGGAUAUAAGCCUGGGCGAUAUAUGCUUCCAAAUGAUGAAAACGAGAUGGAUCGAGAAGAUAUGAAGCAUCACAUUUCCAUGCUUAUCACUAAGGGCCGCCUGCACCUUGCACCAAUCGGGGCAGACCCCGAAGUUAUUCUGGAUAUUGGCACAGGCACAGGAAUAUGGGCUAUAGACACAGCCGAUCUAUAUCCAAAUGCAAAGGUUAUAGCAACAGACUUGAGUCCUAUACAGCCCCAAUGGGUCCCACCAAACCUCACCUUCGAAAUCGACGACGCAGAAGAAGACUGGCUCUUCGAACCCCAAUCCAUCGACCUCGUCCAUGCCCGCUACCUCUUCCACGGCAUCCGCGACUGGCCGCGUCUCCUCCAGCAAGCUAAGAGAGUCCUCAAACCAGGCGGCUACGUUGAGCUAGUCGAAAUGCACGUCAUCCCCUCCUCCCCCGACAACACCCUCCCCCCCAACUCGCAAAUCAUGGAAUUGUACACCACCCUCGCGGAGGUCAGCCAAGAAGUCGGCCUCGACCUGUCCGUCGCCCAGAAGUACGGAUCCAUGAUGGUAAGCGCCGGCUUCGAGAACGUGGUGGAAGAAGUCUUUGAUCUACCUAUCGGCGACUGGAUGCAGGAUCGGCGUAUGAAGGAGGUAGGCGCAUUUCAGCGCUAUCAGAUGGUGGAGGGACUGCAUGGGAUUGCGUUUGGGGCGCUGACGAGGGUGGCGGGGUGGACGCCGACGAGGGUGCAGGUGUUUUUGGCGGGGGUGAGGAGGGAGAUGAGGGAUAGGGGGGUGCAUUGUAUGUAUAAGCUGCAUUUUGUGUAUGGGCGUGUGCCGGAAUCGGUGAAGUAGCUCAACUUUUGGCGUUUGGUUCCUCGAGCCUAUGGAACGGGAGAAUUGGUGUUUGGAUACUACGAGAGAAGAAGAUGGAGGGCAACGUAUAUUAUGACUGUUUCUAGCCUUUUAGGGCUGGCUGUGGGUUUGAGGGACUGCAUAUAACCUUUUAUGGUUGUGGGUUUGUAGGCUUAAGUGUUUGGCGUUUACAAUAUCAAUACGUAAGCCAACUCACUGUUUGUCUCGUCCCGAUAAAUUGAUG